AAAGAAAGAAAAUGGGCCGCGGGGUUGAGACAAUGGGAGUGACGAUGUAUUCGAUGGUGUGCACCGUGUACGGGUUCGCAAUAUUUUUCAUGGUUUUCUGGUCGGCCAUGUGGUUGGUGCACAUAUUGGCCCUGAUAGCCGGGCGCUGGAAACUCCACCGCAAGGUCAACCAGGUGCCGAGCUACGAGACCCCCUUGCCCGGGGUCUCGAUAAUCAAGCCCCUCAUGGGGGUCGAUCCGAACCUCUUCAGCAACCUCGAGACCUUCUUCCAGCUCGAUUAUCCCCUGUACGAGUUGUUGUUCUGCAUCGAGGACGAGCAGGAUCCCGUGCUCGUGCUCGUCCACAAGCUCAUCGAGAGGUAUCCCCAGGUGGAGACGAAGCUCUUCGUUGGUGGCCGAGGGGUCGGGGUCAACCCAAAGAUCAACAACAUGCAGCCGGCUUACGAGGCAAGCCGGCACGAGCUCAUACUGAUAAGCGACAGCGGCAUCCGCAUGCAGGAGGACACCCUCCUCGACAUGGUCAACUACAUGACGGACAAGGUCGGGCUCGUCCACCAGAUGCCGUUCACCUGCGACAGGGAGGGCUUCGCCGCGGCCUACGAGAAAAUAUUCUUCGGCACCGUGCAGUCGCGCAUGUACCUAGCGGCCGACCUAUUGCGCAUCAAUUGCCACACGGGCAUGUCGGCCCUCAUAAAGAAGGCCCUCCUCGAGGAAGUCGGUGGAUUAAAGACCUUCGGGGUGUACCUGGCCGAGGACUUUUUUUACGCCAAAUCCCUGACGGACCGGGGCUGGAAGAUAACCGUGUGCUCGCAGCCGGCCAUGCAGAACAGCGGCCACUGCGAGGUGUACAGCUUCCAGGCGCGACUGCGCCGCUGGGCGAAACUCCGGGUGGCCAUGCUACCGACGACCAUCGUCCUCGAGCCACUCAGCGAGUGCCUCAUCCUCGGGGCUUGCGCCAGUUGGGCGGCGGCUGUGCUCUUCGAGUGGGACUCCCUCGUGUUCUACGUGUGCCACUGCGUCCUCUGGUUCAUGUUCGACUGGUCGCUCCUGUGCGUCGUCCAAAACGGCCCUUUGCCCUUCAACAUGCUCGAGUUCGUGAUCGGAUGGAUACUGUGCGAGGCGACGAGGCCGUACCUGUUUGCCCAAGCCAUCAUAGAUCCGCUGAUACAGUGGCGCUCGCGCGUCUACCGGCUCAAGUGGGGCGGCGUCGCCGAGGAGGUCAAAAAGAUCAAGGCUUGAGCCCGGCUCCUGCUCCUACGGGCACUCGGCGCGGCGCAAAGACUCCUGUACCAUCAUCAUCGGCGUCAUUGUAAUCCUUUCGCGACAGUCCGCCGGUGAUGAUGUACUUGCGCAAAGCUUCGCGCACGACGGGGGGUACACGGGGGUGUAUGCUUUGGAAGAAAAGUUUCACUUCCGGAACGAACGCGCGGCUCAGGAAAUCCUUCGGUACCUACGAAAAGCCAAAAUUCCGUAUUUUACCUACUACCGAUGUAUGCUUUAUUACUUCGGAAUAUUUGCACCCAUCUUCGGUUAGUCGUUAAUUAUCAUGAGUUGUACUCGGAUUUAUGGAUACCAAGUUCUUCUAUGGUUUGCGCGUUUCAUUCGGAAUUUUCGCUUUUCUUAAAAAAACUACACAACUCGCGUCACCCUUCGCGCGCGCACAGUGCAAUAAAAGUGCAGCCGAUCGAUCUCAUAACCGUUAUACAUGCAUAGGUAUUAAUAAUUACGUAUACACCUGUAUAACUGUGUGUGUCGCGUGUGACACUUGAUGUGUGAUCGUGCUUUUACCUCCGAGUGGAACAGUUCCAAUGGAAUUCAAGACUGUGGUGUUACAUUAUACGUGGCGCUACGUAAUAUAUAUAUAUACAUAGGUACGUCACUCAACGUGAUUGCGACGGACCCACACCUCCGUCGGACAAGCAUAUCUUCUCUCGUAUUUGCGUGUAUUAUAACGGUGUACAGUUAUUAUUGUUGCUCGCUGAUGGACAAGACGUACAAAUUUGAAGGAAAACAAAAAACGCGUUUGUGCCGUAGAUGAGGAAAGUUGCUAACUAUUGCGGGACGAAAAACAAAAAAAUGUCUGUAUAUUAUAUAUAAAGAAAUAUUUGUGUGUGUGUGUGUGUGUGUGUGUGUGUGUGUGUGUGUGUGUGUGUGUGUGCGCGCGUUAGUGGGAGAAAUAACGCCGAGCGGUUUAGACGGCCUUUUCGUAUACAGGUAUAUAUACAUAUAAUCAUCGUCCCGAUUCUCGAUGUUUUUUUUUUUUUAUUUUAGCUCUUCGAUGAGUAUUUACUCGUUUUGCUGGUCGAAAAGUAGAUGGACGCAAGGUUUUUUGUUUUUCUUAGCAUCAGACGCACGUAUACGAUUUCUCAUGCGCGUUUCAAUCGAGAUUUGGGGGGGGGGGGGGUUAUAGCGGGAAAUCAGUUGUUAUCGCGAUGUGCUCGUACGAUACUUCCUAUUACUUAUAUCGAUUAAGCGCGUGUAGCUUAUCUAUACUUAUAUUUUACGGACAAAAGACAAAAAUUCACGUACGUGUGUGACAACAGAUUUUUCGUUGUGACUAGUAUAACAAAAACAGCGUCGACGCGGGGGAUGACGUUAUUUUCCGUUCACGUGGUAUGUGCGCGAGGAUAAAAAAAAAAAAAAAAAAAAA